AUGUCUCUCUCUGAUAAAGAAUUGUUCGAAUUGAACAAAAAAGCAGUUACUGAAGGUUUCAAAAUUAAACCAAGAUUAAAUUAUAAUACUGUGGGAGGUGUUAAUGGUCCUUUAGUUAUUUUGGAAAAUGUUAAAUUCCCAAGAUUUAAUGAAAUUGUUAAUUUAACUUUACCAGAUGGUACUGUAAGAGCUGGUCAAGUCUUGGAAGUUCGUGGUGAUCGUGCUGUUGUUCAAGUUUUUGAAGGUACUUCAGGUAUUGAUGUUAAAAAAACAAGAGUGGAAUUUACUGGUCAAAAUUUAAAAAUCCCAGUUUCUGAAGAUGUCCUUGGUCGUAUCUUUGAUGGGUCCGGUCGUCCAAUUGAUAAUGGUCCAAAAGUCUUUGCAGAAGAUUAUCUUGAUAUUAAUGGGUCACCAAUUAAUCCUUAUGCAAGAAUUUAUCCAGAAGAAAUGAUUUCUACAGGUAUUAGUGCAAUUGAUACAAUGAAUUCAAUUGCAAGAGGUCAAAAAAUCCCAAUUUUUUCAGCUUCAGGUUUACCUCAUAAUGAAAUUGCUGCACAAAUUUGUAGACAAGCAGGUUUAGUUCGUCCAACAAAAGAUGUUCAUGAUGGUCAUGAAGAAAAUUUUUCAAUUGUUUUUGCUGCAAUGGGUGCAAAUUUAGAAACUUCAAGAUUUUUUAAACAAGAUUUUGAAGAAAAUGGGUCCUUAGAAAGAACUUCAUUAUUUUUAAAUUUAGCAAAUGAUCCAACUAUUGAAAGAAUUAUUACUCCAAGAUUAGCUUUAACUACUGCAGAAUAUUUAGCUUAUCAAACUGAACGUCAUGUUUUAACAAUUUUAACAGAUAUGUCUUCAUAUGCUGAUGCUUUAAGAGAAGUUUCAGCUGCAAGAGAAGAAGUUCCAGGUAGAAGAGGUUAUCCAGGUUAUAUGUAUACAGAUUUAUCAACUAUUUAUGAAAGAGCUGGUAGAGUUGAAGGUAGAAAUGGUUCAAUUACUCAAAUUCCAAUUUUAAGUAUGCCAAAUGAUGAUAUUACACAUCCAAUUCCUGAUUUAACAGGUUAUAUUACCGAGGGGCAAAUUUCUGUUGAUAGACAAUUAUAUAAUAGAGGUAUUUAUCCUCCAAUUAAUGUUUUACCUUCUUUAUCAAGAUUAAUGAAGAGUGCUAUUGGUGAAGGUAUGACAAGAAAAGAUCAUGGUGAUGUUUCAAAUCAAUUAUAUGCUAAAUAUGCUAUUGGUAGAGAUGCUGCAGCAAUGAAGGCAGUUGUUGGUGAAGAAGCUUUAUCUACCGAGGAUAAAUUAUCUUUAGAAUUUUUAGAAAAAUUUGAAAAAACAUUUAUUAAUCAAGGUGCUUAUGAAAAUAGAUCAAUUUUUGAAAGUUUAGAUCAAGCUUGGUCAUUAUUAAGAAUUUAUCCAAAAGAAUUAUUAAAUAGAAUUUCUCCAAAAAUUUUAGAUGAAUUUUAUGAUCGUUCUCAAGAUCAAGAAGAUGGUAAAGAUGAUGAAGAUGAAGAUAAAAAUGUUGAUAAAUCAAAUGAUCAAGAUUUAAUUUAA